UGUAGCAGCUGAACAUUUGAUUUUCACGUAAUGCUUUUAUUAAUUUUAAAGAAGCGGCUGUUUCAUGCUACCGUAAAGCUGGAUGCCGUAGCGCAGUUGAUGUUGUUGUGAAGGAGCUCACCUGGCAGAAGGAUGUGGACGUUUAAAUUCAGUAUUUUGUCAUUUUUGUUGUUUUUGACGGGGCAUUAUGACACAUAUGCCCUUCAGGAUGUCACGACUGACCUUUUCGGUGCAGAAAAUUACGGGACAGUGGCAGCGUUUGGUGAUUUUUACUCUGAUAAACAGACAGACAUCUUCGUUAUCAGAGAGCAGUCUGAAGUGUUGAUAUUCUUUGCUGAUUCUAAAGCACCUUACUUCAAACCCAAAGUCAACAUCACCAAGGACAUUUUACCAAGGGAUGCCAUCAUCACCAGUGUGGUUCCUGGAGACUAUGAUGGAGACUCCCAGAUGGAUGUCCUGCUUACAGCUCAGAUCAACUCCAUGAUGACAACCGUUUUCAUCUUUUGGGCGCACAACCAGACAUUAGAUAUGAGUGGGUGGCUCAGGCUGAACAAGACCUUUACAGAUCAACCUCUUGUUAUGGAUUUCAAUGGGGACAUGAUCCCAGACAUCUUUGGAGUCACAAGCCCCCAUUCCACCGAAGUCUGCAAUUUCACCAACAGGGUUCCAGAGUGCCGUAAUGCACUAAGUUCACCUGUCGAGAUGAGCAUCCCUCACUCCAACGCCUUCAUCGACCUCAACAAGGACUUUACUGCUGAUUUGUUCCUGACCACUGUGGGGCCUAAAUAUGAGACCUGGGUCAACAAGGAUGGAAGCUUUGUCAAAACCGAAAUCUUUCCAGAAGAACCUCCGCAGAAGAUUGUUGGACAGUCCUCCUUCGUCGACUUCGAUGGUGACGGAUCCCAGGACCACCUCCUCCCUGUGUGUUUGGAUGAAGCCUGUAAACGCAGUGCCAUCUACCUGGCAAAGCCAUACUCCAAGACGUGGGUACCGGUGCUGUUGGAUUUCCAGUGGAAGAACACCGUUUGGGGCUUUGUGCCAGGGAAACCCAGCCAGCCCCUGGGCCUGCACCUCGGAGACUACAAUCUGGAUGGCUUCCCCGAUGCUCUGGUGAUCCUCCGCAACACAAGCGGCAGCGGUCAGCAGGCCUUCCUGUUGGAGAACGUGCCCUGUAACAACGCCAGCUGCCACAGUGUGGGAAGGAUGUUCCACAUCCACUGGGACCAAACUGAUUUGGGAGCCAUCCAAAACGCUGUCAUGGCAACUUUCUUUGACAUCUAUGAGGACGGUAUAUUAGACAUGCUGGUUCUAAGCCAGGUAGAGGGCAAAAAAGACCCGACCAUCCAUGCCUUGAAGAACAAUUAUGAAGCUGAUGCCUACUUUGUGAAAGUGAUGGUGCUCAGUGGCCUCUGCUCCAACGACUGUCCUGAAGAUGUCAAGCCUUUUGGUGUAAACCAGCCGGGCCCGUAUGUCAUGUACACCACAGUGGACUCCAACGGCUACCUGAAAAACGCCUCAGCCGGUCAGCUGAGUCAGUCAGCUCACUUCUCCCUGCAGUUGCCCUACACCGUGCUGGGACUUGGACGCAGCGCUAACUUCCUGGACCACCUCUACGUCGGGAUCCCCAGGCAGCUGGGGGAGACGGCCAUAAGGAAGAAGGAGUGGACGGCAAUCAUUCCUAACUCUCAGCUCAUCGUCAUCCCCUUCCCACACAAUAACCCCCGCAGUUGGAGUGCCAAGUUGUACCUGACUCCCAGCAACAGCGUUCUGCUGACGGCUAUCGCACUGAUCGGAGUGUGUGUCUUCAUCCUCGUCAUUAUUGGCAUCCUCCACUGGCAAGAAAAGAAAGCAGACGACCGAGAGAAGAGGCAGGAAGCCCACCGUUUCCACUUCGACGCCAUGUAAUGGAAGAGAACUGCAUGAUGGGAGAUCAUCGUCUCCUGUCCUCGUCCGCCUUUUGCCCCUCGCCCUCACACACACAACUUUUUCACUCACACGUUUUAAGGGCCAAUAAAUGGAUUCCUCAUUCGCCCUAAAAUGUUUCUUUUAGAUAUUUUGCCGUCCUCCAGUCCGAUGUGAAAUAUUGAUGUUGCGUUUCAUUAAUUCAUUCCAGUGUUAGAAGUACAGGAGCUGUAACAAGGCCAUGGAGACGCGGAGAGAAAUCCUGAUGGGGAUCACUCAGGAGUUUAAAGCAGGGCUUUCUGUGGACGGACUGCAUGAUCUCCAGCCGUGUUAUUAAAGUAUUCCUUUGGCAAAACCACGCUGAUUUCUGUUGAAGCGCCCAAUAAUUACUGCAAAAUGAUGAGCUGUGUUAAUUCACUGGAAGGAAAGCACUCUUGGCACAAAGUGUUAAAUGUGAAACGUUACUUGAAGUCCAUGUGUGUUACUGUACAUUGUCUAGUUUAUGUCACAUCUUAUUUUUAAUCUAAAUGAUUGUAAGGAAAUCAAACGGAAUAAUUUGUUCAAACUCACCUGAUGAAAAGUGAACCAAAACAGACAUGAAUCAUAAUAACAACAAUCAUGUACUUAACUGAGAAUGAAACACGGUCUUCAGGUGGCCUGAGUGCAGAUUCAUGUUUUCCUCAGUCGAUCAUAUCACAGUGCAUCAUGGGAGUGCCAAAAAAAAGCUUUUGUUUUGUGUUGUGUCCCUCUAUUUCUAAUAUAGCUGCAUGAAGGCUCAGCAGAUCAUCUAAAGACACUUUGUCCUGCUGAACAUGGCGUUUUACUCCACACUUUUUUUAAAGAUUAAGUUUCAGUUAUUGUUGUCUUUUGAUAGUUAAUCAGGCCAAGCACUCCAGUGUGUUCAGAUCUUCAUUUUUAACGAGAAUGAGCUCAUGCCUUUCCAAGUGGUUUGCACUUUAUAACUAACGAUUAACUGCGGGUGUUUGUAAUUUAUUUUGCUCUGUGGAUUUUAUUUGCUAAUGAAUGUUCGAGCUACUAAAUGUGUUUACUUACUGAGUUUGAAAAUAAAGAUUUCUCCUGCUUAAAAACAA